ACCGCACCCCGGCGUGGAUGACGUCAUCCUUCUAGAACAUGCUGCGUGACGUCAUUCGUCAGUUUUCCUCCGUUUCGGGUGGCCACCGCCUCGCGUCUUCUCUUCCCCGCCGCUCCCAACAGGAGCUGAGAGGCGCUCAUUACAACGCUCGGCCGACAGGGCGGCAGCCCGCAGUCUAACACCACCCCCAGCCCCCAGACCACCGCCUAUCUCCAACCGAGUUCGACCCCGGGACCCGUGCCGGCGACCCAUGAGCCUGCACGACCUCUUCCGGGGAUUGUUCGGGCUCCGAGGCCAUGGCGGUGGCGGCGGUGGUCGCGGCCCUCAGGACUCCGAGGGAAGUUUCUUCGGGGGUCCGUGGCGCGACGACGAAGAUGACGAUCACCACUUCGGCGGCUUUGGCCUCUUAGCAGAUGACGACGAGAACGACGAUUCAUUCCCGCCCGGUUGGGGCGGGGCCAGAGAGGGCGACGGCAAGCGCUUCGGCUUCGGCCUGAGCGUUGGGCCGGACGAGCUGUUCCGUUUCCAUGACAACCUGGGCUUCGGGAACAUCUUGCACGAGAUGGAGCAGCUCUUCCAGAACAUUGACAGCACGAUCGCGCAGCCGCCGCGUCGCUUCGGGCCUGAUGGCCAGCCGGGCCCCAAGGAAGGACAGUCUCUCCGAGACUACAUGCUCAAGAGCCCCGACGACGAACCUCGUGCCGGACCCCACGCUCCCUCCCGUGGGGGGCUCCCGGGCAGAGGUGGGGGCCACGGCGGGGACCCGCGGCGGCCUCCCGUGGACAGCUCGCCGCCCAGCAACCGGGGAUCGUUCGACGGGCUGCCAGCACAUCCCUCCAGACCAUUCGACUUGUUUGAUUUUUUUAGGAGAGGAUUUUUCCAGCCACCCAUGCACCAUCCCGCAAUCAAAGAGGACCAGGAUCUGGACUCGCGCGUGAAGUCCGAAGGGCUGGACUCUCUGUUGCGUCAACUACCGCCCAAAUCCACCCCUGAGCCCCGGUCCUCCGUCACCCCGGGCCACGCCCCCGGCGUCCACUCCUUCAUCAGCAGCGUGUCGGUCUCCACAGUCACCAUGCCCGACGGGACGGUAGAGGAGCGCAAGACCGUCGUGGGAAGCGACGGGAAGAAGAGGACGGUUUUCAGGAGAUACGACCCACGGAGCGGGCGGGAGAUGGAGCAGCGUGAGGAGGAGGUGGAGACGGGCCCUCUGCGGCGGUGACAUCAGUGCCCAGGGCCCGGACCUCCGAACCCUUGGGCCGUAUUUCUUGUUGUUUAAAGGAAUCCUUGGACGGAUGCUGCCACUGGUUGUUGUUGAGCCCUUGUGUCAGUUCACUGCUGGAUAAAGGCUUGGCUACGCCGCGUGAGUCACAGCCGUCGUGUGACCAUACUUCACCACGCUAGUCAGUGCAGGUUACUAAGCACAGAUGUUACCCACGGCUUUGGAAUCAAACUUAGGUUGCCGGCUCGUGAUAAAUACAAUGUGAGUUUUUUUUUUCUUCUACUUAAUUGUGCUCAGGAAAGUCUCGCUGAGUCUUAUGUCUCAUCCACGUGUACACACAAAAUUAACGUAAGUAGCAACUCGGAAACAAUUGCUGUCCUUUCACCCGACAGCCACCUCAUGGCCAUGUUGUUGUGUUGCGUGCGCAACAUCAUCUCUGUGUGAGCCACCAACUCUUUGUAGAUUGCUGCACCCAACUAAACCUCGUUCAGUAACAAGGCUGUAGUAGUAGGUAACUAAACCGACUGUAUGGUUCCUUGUGCGAGUUAUUUAUAUUUAAUUUGCGUACACAAAUAAUUGUUGUGCUGAUCGAGUGCUUCCAUGGUCCCACCAAAAUACACUACAACAUUUUAAUUUCACAAUUAUUUACAGCCCCUCAUCACUCUACUGCUGGAUGUAGUCAUCUCCACACCUUGUGGAGGUUGUUUGACCGUACUUCGCUUUGCUUGGUCAGUGCUGGGUGGCUAACAGUUGAGAUGCCGCUUGCCGUGAAUCGAUCCAAGGUGGUCAGGUUCAUAGUACAGCGCAGCAUCCACCGCGGCACCGCCGCAACUAAAAAUGUCAUAACGUUUUUUACGUUAGUAACGCACAGUGUGCCCGCGCGCGCAUGCGCAACCAACCAGCCAAAUGCAAAAACCUCAACCGCUUGCGCUUUUUGUGGCUACAAAAGAUCGUGAAGCCUUGCCCUGACAUCAGGUGGGGGGGGGGGGCGCUUUGCGUUAAUGUCUUUGGGAGAGAAAACCGCUUUCAAAUGCACGGACAACGCGUAGAGGCCACUUCCCCACCCCCUGCCUUGCCUGCCUGCUGCCGCUCCUCUCCUCUCUCUCUCUUUAUGGCUACUCUCUCUCUUUUUUUCUUCCCCUGCCCCCCCCUUGGCAAAAUGAACCCACUCUCUCCUCUCCAGACUCCUGUGGUUCCCACUCUCCCCUCUUUCUCUCUCCUCCCUCUCCCUCCCGAACUCCGCAUUAAAUAAUCCCGCUAACGUGACAAGCUCGUAACUUCUCGGUAAAGUAAAAAAAAUGUAUUUAUGUUGCCAAGUUGGCAUCAAAGAGUAUUAGUUUAAAUAUUUCUUUUCAGCAAAGUUUAAAGAAAAUAGAUCCUGUUAUAUUGCACCAGCGGCCAAUAAAUCUUUGCCGUCGUCAUUGUCGUCACCGCCAGCCAUUCUCCAUCCGCUGCUGGCUUGAAAGCAUGCAGUCUCUCACCGCGUCGUGUGCCACAGCAAUCCAUCUUGUUCCAGCGCGGGUCCCAAUGUCAUCGUUCCAUCUCUCCGGCAAAUAAUUACCACUCCUCAGGGAGACUGUCUGCUUGCCGCUUGUGUUGUUUCUGCUGUGUAGUGGAAAAUAAAUAAAUUAAUAAGAACUAAAUGUA